CCAUCGCCCUCCUAAAGACGGUCGGCCCUAUAGAGAGAGGCGACGCGCCCGGUCCAGGGUCUUAGCCCCGCGCGGCCUCCGCCAGCUGCACAGGGAGUGGCUGCCACCGCACUGGGGAGAAAGAGGGUGGGGGUUGCAUGUCAUCCUCCCCCGCUCCCCCCUCCAACUGCAGGAGUGGGCCAAAAAUAAAUAAUAAUAAUAAUAAUCUGUUUUUAGUCUCCUCCAGGAACCCCGGAACCCGCUCCAGCAAGGAACUCAGUCUCUCUCAUAGAGGUGCUUUGCGCCUGCUUCCCGCCCCAAUAAACUGCCCACGGGGACCCAGGCGCCCCCAGGCCGCGCGGAGCUGCAGUGGUUGGGGGAGGGCAGGAAGGAUGAGGGUUACCGGGGCGGCAGGGACCGGCUGAGCAAAGAGGUGAUGGAAGGGAAAAAGGGAAGAAGAAAAAAAAGAAGAAAAAACCAGAGGCAUGCAAGCGGCUCCCUGGCCAGCUGUUCCAGCUGCAGCUUCCUCCGGCGCGGCCCGGGAGCCCCUCCCUCGUCCCCGCCCCUCCAGCGCGGAGAAACCAAUAGGCGAAGAGGAUACGGCGGGGCCUGACGUCACCACGGCCGACCAAUCACGGGGCGCGUUGGUGGGAGGCCUUGCGGAGGGCGCUGCCAGGAAAGGCGGCCGGUGAGAAAGCCUGGAGUCAAGAUGGAGGGUGUGGGCUGCUCCGCGGCUCUGGGCGACGCGGCUGCUGGGUCCCCGCGAGACCUGAGCCUGGUGCCGGAGCGAAUUCAGAGGCGCGAGCAGGAGCGGCAGAUGGAGGUGGAGAGGCGCAAGCAGAAGCGGCAGGACCAGGAGGUGGAGGAGGAGAAGAGCGGCUUCUUCGCCGCCGCCUUCGCUCGUGAGCGCGCGGCGGCCGAGGAGCUGCUGCGGGGCGAGGUGUCGGCCGAGCGGCUGGAAGAGGCGGCCAACCGACUGCAGGGGCUGCGGAAGCUCCUGAACGACUCGGUUCUCUUCCUGGCGCCCUACGAUCUGCGGCAGGGCCAGGCGGCGCUGGCGCAGCUGCAGGCGGCCCUCGCCGAGCGGCGCCAGGAACUGCAGCCCAAGAAGCGCUUCGCAUUCAAGGCGCGGAAGAAGGAUGCUGCUGGGGCCACCCAGGUAGACGCCGCACCCGGUGCUUCGGCGGCCCCUUCGCCGCCCUUGGCCACGGAGGAGGGAGCUCCCGGCCUCAGCUGGGCCUGCGGCUUCUCCAACCUGGAGUCCCAAGAUUUGGAGAAGAACGCCGACGAGCUGCACCAGCGCGACAUCCUUUUGAGCGACCUGACCAACUGUACUAUCAGAUUGCGUGGCAACCCCAACACCCUGCGGCUGGCAAAGGCCCGCGGCUGCAAGGUCCUCUGCGGCCCGGUGUCCACCUCGGUGUUCCUGGAGGACUGUUGUAAUUGCAUACUGGCUGUGGCUUGCCAACAGCUCCGCGUACACACCACCAAAGACACGCGCAUCUUCCUGCAGGUGACCAGCAGGGCCAUCGUGGAGGACUGCAGCGGCAUCCAGUUCGCCCCGUACACCUGGAGCUACCCAGGGAUCGACAAGGACUUCCAGGACUCCGGUUUAGAUAGGGGCAGAAAUAACUGGAACCACAUAGACGAUUUCAACUGGCUGGCCCGAAACGUGGCCUCUCCGAACUGGAGUGUUCUCCCUGAAGAGGACCGGGACAUCCAGUGGGACUGAACACGGGCCACGCUCAGAGAGAUCCCAUUCAGUUUACUUAAUGUCGUCACAUUGUUUAUGUUUGCGGUAUGAGGGGCUUGAAACUGUUGAACCUCCCCUCCUUGUGAGUUCCAUAAAUUCAUGACAGCCGACAGGGGCUUUUGCUACUUCGAUGACGUUUGCUUGCCUGCCUUUGAGUGUGAUGGUUUGAAGAAGGAGGGGAAGGACGGUUGGGCUUUGAGGGAUUCGCCGUUCUUAUGGUUGACCACAGAGCGUGAUAAAGUAGGUUUUCAAUAAAUUAUAGGGGAUGUCAGGAGAGCUCCGUUAGGGCACAGUUUGAAAUGGAAGUGGCAAGCCGGCACAAGCUCCAUUAACAGCUGACCUUUUCCCUCACUGA